UAGGUGGGCAGUUGCUGGUUGGAUUUGGAGAUCCGGCAUUAUCAGGGCUGAUGUUGCUUGGAUGUCCGGGUAGCAAGGCGGCUGCUGCAGCUCCAGCCAUCAUGUCAAGGCAGCGAGGAGGUGGCUACAGUUUCUUUCAUGGAAGCAAAAACUCCCCCGUCCCCCUGUUGCACUCUGGCCCUUUGCCCACAGCUGGGUGGGUGCCUUGGGAAGGCAGGGCCUGAGGGUAUUUAGCCUGGGUCAUAGCUGUCUCCUGGGGCUGGCGUAUUGCUGCCGGGACAAGACUGGAUUCUGCCCACCAGCAGGGAGGGGAACCUCGGGUAGGCAGCUGACCGUGGGUUGGCCAAUAGCCGCGGGUUGGCCAAUAGCCGACUCCUCAACACGCUGGGAAAGCACAACCUUAACUCCUGGCUCCCCCUCCCCCGCCUGAGGGACAGCAGGAGGGCGCCCCCCUGAAGCCAGGCCUUGUGGCUCUGGGACACCUCCCUUCUCCCCCUGCUUGCCCGGCUUUGGGGAGGGCAAGCACAGCGUGCCGUGCCGGGAGUUUCGGGGUUGGCUUCUUGCAGCAAAGUCAGAGCCUCGACGCCUGCCUCAGUCUCCCCACCCGUGAAGGCUUCCGCCCCUCCCGCCGCAGCCCUGCAGCAUGCAGCCCCCAGAUAGCAGCGUCCACUACAGCAGGUGGGAUGACAGCAGCCAGGACCAAGUCAGCAUGGCGGCCGUGUCCAGCACCGAGGAGCCCUCGUGCUGCCAGAGGAUCUCUCGGAAGCUGUGUAGCGGCAAGCUGGGGGUCGCCAUGAAGGUGCUGGGCGGAGUGGUCCUCUUCUGGGUCAUCUUCAUCCUGGGCUACGUCACCGGCUACUACGUGCACAAGUGCAAAUGAGGGUGGCCCUUGUGUGCACUCAGGGCUGGCUGCCCACGCUUUAGGGCACAGGCUUGGAGGGACACCCUGUAUACGCGGACCCCCCUAUAUACACAUACUCCAUAACACAGACCCCCCCAUAUACACAGACUGUCACAUAAAGACCCCCAAAUAUACAGAUGCCCCAUAUAAACACGCCCCGGUGACAAAGACCCCCGUAUACACAGACCCCUCUCAUAUACGUGGGCCCGGAGGCAGACAGUGCACAGGCACAUGCGCUGGCAGCCAGGCUCAUGAGGACACCAGGGGCACGGCUGUCACAGGCCCAACACGGGGGUGCACACACCUCGCAGCACACAAGUCCUUUAACCACUUCGGUGCCAGCGUCAACUAUCGUCGACAGCCACAGAGGACCGCGCGCAGCCGAGCGUCGACUUUAGCCGACAGCCGUGAUGGGACUUUUCUAAUUUUUCAUUUAUCAAAAUAAAAUUGUGAACA